AUGAGGGCAGAGGGUAAUGUUUUCGAUAUGGGGUUCUGGUUGCUGGUGUUAUCAGCAUUGUUGCCGGGCAAGGUUUCUAAAGAAAGGUGUGAUAGGAUCCAAGUCUGGUGGAUAUAUGGGAUGAAUAUGGAUAAUGGGGUUGCUAGUGCUGGCAAUGGUGGGUGUUUGGACCUGCAGAAUGAGCAAUCCCGGCUUGAAAAGAUGGACGAGGUAGCGGUUCUGCGCAACUCCCAAAAGAGGAAAAGGAUUUCAAAACCAGAUUCGGAGAAAAAUUCUUUUAACUGGGGGUUUUUUUUUCUUGACUGA